GGCGCCGCCGGGCGGAAGAGCCCUUCCCGCCCGGAAGCGCCGCCUCGGAGCCCCGGCGGCCCGGGCUGGCGCGGCCCCGCCGAGGGCGGCAGGGCCGGGCAGCCUCCCCUCCUCCCCCGGGGCAUGGAGCCGGGCGCCGAGCACCAGCAGCAGCUCCGCAGCCUGCGGGACUUCCUGCUGGUCUACAAUCGGAUGACCGAGCUCUGCUUCCGCCACUGCGUCUCCAAUCUCAACUACCGCCUGCUCACCGGGCGCGAGGAGACGUGCCUCGAGAGCUGCGCCGGCAAGCUGGUCCACGCCAACCACCGCCUGAUGCGCGCCUACGUGGCGCUGAUGCCCUCCCUCGUGCAGCGCCGCGCUUCCAACUAUGAGGCCAGCGCAGCCCAGGCGUCCCAGAUCUCGGCCACGGAGGGACCAGCGGCGGCGGUGACGCCUGCCCUGCCGGGGGCUGGGGGACCAGGAACCGCUCCUGACCCGCUGGCAGCUCCGGGCCCUGGCGGACCCUCGCAAGGGGCUCCGGGUGCUGGCACGUAGCACGGCUGUCAUCCUGGGUCGCACCUUCCAACGACGGCAGCGGUGGGCCGGGUGGCAACAGGACAGAGCCGGGCCCCAUGUUACCGGCGGGAGAAGUAACGUCUUGGCACUGUGGCGUGGUCUGGGCCUCCACGUGCUGCCGGCAGCCCUGGUCCGGAGCCGCAGAUCCACUCUGCGCCCAGACCUGGCCUUGAGCAUCUGCGUCCUCUAGAGCGUCAGCAUCGAGAGCCUCCUGGCAGUGGCCAAGCCUGUUCUGUGCCGGCUGGGGCUGGUGGGGGGUGCGGAGGGCACCAAAAAAGAAAUGGCAGUGUCUGCCCUUCCGGCCAGGGGAGUUCCCUCCUGAACUGUGUCCUAACAGCUCCUGCGCUGGGUUUUCCUGCUCCAGACCUGGGGCGCUAGUAUUGCAAGGAAAUGGUUUCCUAGUGCUAAUAAAACAUUUUUUCAUUAA